CCGACCGGGAGAACAAGCUACGUGUAAUAUCUCAUCGAAAAUGGCUGAUAGGAAAGCCAAUAACACCCCCAGUAGCAGCGCAAAUCUGCUAUUUUCAGCCGCCCCGGAGUUUAACUUCAGCCUGCCUUUCAUUCCUGUCAGUCAGGCCACUGGUCCUGCGGUUUUAUCAGGAGAUGAUGUCAGCGAAGUUGGAGAAGAAGACAGUUUCCUUGGUCAGACGUCAUCAGCCGCUCUUCAGCCAUCCACGUUCAACUACUUCCCCAGCAACACCACCAGCAGUGACCCGUUUGCCUCCAUCGGGCAACAGCCAUGCCCGCUUCCAGCGCCCACUGCCACUCCGUCAACAACAGGGCCGUCUCCUGCGUCCGUUUCUACUAGUCUGCCUAUAAACCCACCUAUAUCUCACAUGAACCCCGCUCAGCAGUGCGGCAGUGUUAUUAGUCAAACCUCUAUGGGCACAUACACCCCCCCACAUAGCACACCAACUCCUCCACCUCCCCAGAGCACCCAGCUGUCCUAUAAUCCAUACCGUCACACCGCUGCCAGUAGCAAAGCAAGUCCCUACAUCAUGGCUCCUGAAUUACAGCAGCAGCCCCCUUGCCACACGCCCCAGCAUCUAAACCCCUACUCUCAGGCAACACCUGCUCCUUCAUUCCAGACUUCACCAACAGCGUUUUCGAAGGCUCCCCCAACACAGCUUCCACCUCCCCCUGCAGCAAACAGUUUAGCUGGGCCUGUGGUCCCUGCCAACCCUAUGAUGCCAUAUACAUAUAAUGUUUAUGAACCUGUUCAACCUCACUGGUUCUACUGCAAACAAGUGGAAUCGAAAAUGGUCUGGCUUCCAUUUAGUAUUCUGGAUUCCAUUCACCUGGAAGAGACUUUCAACUCGGUUCAGCCAGAUCCAGAGAAUGUGAUGUUGUGUACUGAUGGAGGCCGAUAUGAUGUGCAGCUUUACGAUCGCACACGGACAUCCGUGUACUGGGAGGAAGAGCCCACCGAGGUCCGCCGGUGUACGUGGUUCUAUAAAGGAGACACAGACAGUCGCUUCAUCCCCUAUUCGGAAGAAUUUAGUGACAAGCUGGAGGCAGAAUAUAAGAAAGCUGUUACUACUAAUCAGUGGCAUCGCAGACUGGAAUUCCCAUCUGGAGAAACCAUCGUAAUGCACAAUCCAAAGGUGAUUGUUCAGUUUCAGUCGUCAGCGAUGCCUGAUGAGUGGGGUACAACACAAGACGGUCAGACUCGACCUCGAGUGGUCAAGAGGGGUGUGGACGAUGAUCACGAUGAAGUUCCUGAUGGUGAGAUGCCUCCGGUGGAUCAUCUGGUGUUUAUGGUGCAUGGCAUCGGGCCUGUCUGUGACCUGAGGUUUAGGAGCGUAGUGGAGUGUGUGGAUGACUUCCGCAACGUGUCUUUGAAGUUGUUGCAGAGUCAUUUUAAGCGGGCCCGGGAUGAUCAUGCCAUUAGUCGUGUGGAGUUUCUGCCCGUGCACUGGCACACAGCUCUGCAUGGUGACGCUACAGGAGUUGACAGGCGGAUAAAGAAGAUUACCCUGCCCAGCACCGGUCGCCUGCGUCACUUCACUAAUGAAACGCUAUUAGAUGUGCUCUUCUAUAACAGCCCUACCUACUGCCAGACUAUUAUGGACACAGUGGCUUUUGAGAUCAACCGCCUCCAUGCACUAUUUAUGCAGAGAAACCCAGACUUUAAAGGGAAGGUGUCUUUGGCCGGACACAGUUUAGGCUCUUUGAUACUUUUUGAUUUGCUGUCAAAUCAGAAGAUUGGGUCAUCUUUAUCAGGUCCAGUAACCAAUGGGAAUGCUCAGCUUAAUGAGAAGCAGGUGAGUCCUGUCAUACAGAACAAUGAAGUGACUCCUGUAGCGGCUGUUGAAGAAGAAUCAAAAGAGGACGAAGAGGAGAUUGGUGACCUGUCAUCUGUUUUGGAGACGUUGGGAUUGUCUGAAUACCUGCGCAUCUUUGAAACCGAAAAGAUUGAUGUUGAGUCUCUACUCAUGUGCACGGUCGAUGAUCUGAAGGAAAUGGGUAUUCCUCUGGGACCACGUAAAAAACUGGCCAAGUUUGUCAAGGAGAAGUCGGCAAAACAGGCGACACGGCAGGCUGCGACGGAGAAAACUGUAGCGAAAGAGGAACCUAAAGAGACACCAGCUUCCCUUCAAACAGAGCCCACACCAGAUCCUGCCAACAGCAAGCUGCCAGUGGGAAGGCGCAUGUCCUCCGUCCAUGUCAAUUACAAUUAUUUUGAAAUAGGCACUGGACAGGUGUCAGUGGUGUAUCAUGCUCUGGACUUUGAACCAGUGAGUUUCUUUGCUCUUGGCUCUCCCAUCGGAAUGUUUCUGACAGUACGUGGCGUGGAGAAAAUCGAGGAAUUCUACCAACUUCCAACCUGCAAAGGAUUCUUCAACAUUUAUCAUCCAUUGGAUCCAGUUGCGUACAGGAUUGAGCCCAUGAUCUUACCAGACAUUGAACUGGACCCAGUUCUGAUCCCUCAUCAUAAAGGGAGAAAGAGACUUCAUCUCGAAUUGAAGGAGAGUUUGUCCAGGAUGGGCUCUGACCUUAAGCAUGGCUUCAUCAGCUCCUUGAAGUCCGCCUGGCAGACACUGAAUGAAUUCGCUCGUGCGCACACAUCUUCCACUCAGCUGCAUGAGCAGCUCGCCAUGGUGGCCAGUCAAAUCAAAGCAGAGGAGGAGAAAGAAGGGGAAGCAUUUAAGAUCAUUGAGAGUCUUGAGCCUCUAAAGGAAGAGGAGCCACAAGUCAAAGUGGGCCUGCUGAACGGAGGAAACCGCAUUGACUACGUCCUACAGGAGAAACCCAUCGAGAGCUUCAACGAAUACCUGUUUGCACUCCAGAGUCACCUGUGUUACUGGGAAUCCGAAGAUACAGCUCUGCUCAUUCUCAAGGAGAUUUAUAAGACCAUGAACAUACACCCCGAUCAGCCGGUGCAUUGAUGAUAUAAUGGAUCAUUAAAUCAAAGUUAUCAGAACUCAAAUUACUUUGGAAAAUCUACAUUUUAAACAGUUUUGACGUGGACUGUCCUGACAAGUAAACUUUUUGUUCUUUUGCUUUAUUGGUUUUCUUUCUGGUAGUCUGUUGUAAAAUACACUUGUAUUAUUCCAUAUGUCUUAAAUUAAGAAAUGAAAGUCAAAUAGUGGAUUUCAAUGCCACCACAACGGUUUGAAAUAACAUUUUUGUAGUUUAAAUUAUAGAGCUCCAAAAGUUUUGAGUGCAUAUGUGAACGGAAUUAAAUGUGAAUCACCCUAUUAACAGAAACUUUACAAUUUAGAGUAUGGAGUAGAAAAUGAUAUAUUACUUAUGCUGUAUGAAAAUGUCAUAAUAAACUUGUUUAUUUAGAUGUC